AUGCCUGAACCGGCUAAGUCUGCUCCUGCCCCUAAAAAGGGCUCUAAAAAAGCUGUGACCAAGGUCCAGAAGAAGGACGGCAAGAAUUGCAAGCGCAGCUACAAGGAGAGCUACUCUGUGUACGUGUACAAGAUGCUGAAGCAAGUCCAUCCUGACAUGGGCAUCUCGUCCAAGGCCAUGGGAAUCAUGAACUCCUUCGUCAACAAAAUUUUUGAGUGCAUCGCUGGCAAGGCAUCGCGCCUGGCGCAUUACAAGUGCUCGACUAUCACAUCCAGAGAGAUCCAGACUGCCGUGAGCUUGCUGCUACCUGGGGAGCUGGCCAAGCAUGCCAUGUCCGAGGGUACUAAGGCUGUCACCAAGACUCGUGACCUCCAAUCACAGGAUGACAUCUGCUACAUCUGA